AUGGCCACACGCAAAGCUAGCAUCACGGGAAAGCGUCCGCGAAGCCCCUCGUUGGACUCGUCGGACCUCUCGGACGCUCCCGAUGUCCCGCCACCUUCAUCGCCUCUCUCGGACGCGCCAAGCUCGCCCGACUGGUCACCAGUGAAGCCAAAGACCAAAGCUGUGGCCAGAGCUGCGACUGUCAAGGCCACGCCGACGGGCACGCCCAAGGCUGCACCAAAAGCUACUCUCACUCCCAGGGCUACGCGGAAUAACCCUCCCAAGCUCGGCCCUACUGCUCGCAAAGCCUCGACCAAGGCAACAAAAGACUCGUCCAAGGACGCGAAGGAGGACGAAACCACUCCAGUCAAAGUCACCCCCGCAAAGCCUCCACCGACGCUUUCCCCAAGCGCGUUCUUCGAUGCUCUCUAUAAGGGGCAAGACAAGUCUAAAGAGUCGCCAACGGCUCCAGCACCACGGGGCAAGGCCAACGGUGCUGACCGUACCACUACAGCAGCCGCUGGGCCGAGUGGCACGUCCAAGCCGAAAGCCUCUUCUCGCCGUCGAUCGACGAAAAUCAGCAAAACAGUCGAUCCCACGGACGACGCGCUGCAGACGGGAGGAGAACUUGCUUCGCCACUGUAUGCCAAACGCAGCCUCUCGCGGCGACAUGACUCUAGAUCACCGGUGGCGUCAUCGUCAAGGCAAACACUCGACAGCCAAGCGUCGUCUCCUGCGCCCCGCCGCCCCCGCUUCCCCUCGAGCCUAACCUUUUCGGACUCGGAUGACGACGAUGACAUGAGCCAACCUCUUGACAUGAGCCGCAUCCUCGCUGGUGCUCAGGCCCAAAAGUUGAAGAAGGCGCAGUCUACCGAGCAGCUGGGUACCUCGCAACCCUCGCCCCCACGGUCGGCGACAACAUUGCCAGAAGGUGUGGAAAUUGGCCAGGCCUGCGCCUACCGUGAGGGCCCCUGCUACAUGCCCGGUCUACUUGCCGAGUUCAUCCCGGGCUCCCCAGGCAACAAGGUCAAGGAUGUGUAUGUGAUUGAAACGCAACUUGGAACAGUUCGCAAGCAGCGCAACCGGGUCCUGUUCAUCGUAGAGGAGGAGAUCGCAGACUGCGUGCGGAUCGACAGGCCACGCACUGUCAUUCGACUGCCCACCCCCGAACUCGAGUUUGACCCGGCAACCAUUGUCGACUCGGCUGCAUACCGCGACCUCGAGUUUGCAGAGCAGCUCAUCACAAUCCGCCCACACCUCGCCGACAUUAUCAACGAGCGCUAUCCGCCAGCACAGUGGCGCAUUGACAAGUUUUACCUGUCAAGCAAGGAGCGACGUUCCCUGGACGACGAGGUCCGCGUCGCAGACCUCAGUCCCGACGACCACCUCGAGGUUCUAGAUGAGCUGCUGCGGUGGGCGCUGCGGGGCGAGUCGAGCGGGGAGGAUGUCGAAGCGCAAGACACACCUAUGGAGCCGCCAACCGAUGCCAGCGAGGAGGCUCAGGCGCCUCCUGAACCAGCCGUUGCCGCCGAUCACAGCAUGUCAGGAGGAGACGAGGCAACCCCAGCUGCAUUGCCUCUCGAUGAAUCACAGCCUCUACUGGACGUUGCCGCGCCUGCAAUGGCGACCGAGCGGCCUACUCGCCCCGCCGGGUCGGAUCGGUACGAGUCUCUCCCGCACCAUUUGCGAAAGACAUUCAUCGAGAUUGUGCUCCUCCCUGAAGCGAUCGUGGCAAUGUGCGUCCGCUCGUUCCCGACCGAGGGCACCCAACAAGAGCAGUACGACAGCGCAAACGACAACCUCAAGAUCUUGUCGCGGGACGCAGAAGGUUCGAAAUGGAGCAUUGUGUGGGCCACGCUCAACGCGAACAUUGGCUUGUGGCGGCGCAGAAAGGCGCAAAGGCUCCUGCGCGAGGGCAACAUGGCGGCCGAACCGGAACUCGAGCGUAUCCGCGGCCAAGGUGGCCGUUUGACCCUCAAGCACGACUACCGCGCCCUCAACGGUGACGCGCCCAUUGACCCCGUCAAGUUUGAGCAACACCUUAUCCAGCGAGAGAGGAAGCGAGAAGCACAGCAUCGCAGGGCUCGGGAGAAGCGCGAGGCCGCCGAGGCAGCCAAGGCGUCGUCGUCGCAGGUCGCCAACAUCACCACGUCGCAGAUGACGGAGACGACAGACGACGCGGUUGUGGCUGGAGGAGUCGAGGAGGCCGAGGCCGAGGCCGCGGAGAACGUUACUCCUCUCGCGUCACAGGCCCACAUGGUGGUGGCUGACGAGAUGGCGCCUGGACCAGUUGAGAUCGUCGUGGAGCAGGAGGAGCAUGUGAUGGACGAGAAGGAGGAUCUUGUGGGAGCGACCAUGGCAGUUGACGAGUAG